GUCCUCUGUAUUCCCAGGACUGUCCAGAGGAGAAGGUCCCGGAGAAUCCUCAGAUGACAAAUCGGGGGGAAGAUCUGACUGAUAUUAAAGUGGAGGAUAAAGACGAGAAGAUGAUGUUCGAUUCCCCGUGUGGGAGUGAGGAGGAGGAGGACAUUCCAGGAGAUGUCACCACAGAAAAUCCCAAUAAGAAUUCUGAUGAAAACUUCAUGUUAUCACUAAUUGAUAAAGCAGAAAAUGAAGAUAUAAUUCAGCGCUCUUCUGGAGGAAACCUAAUUACCCUUAAUGGACUUCUAGGACAUUACAGUACAGAUCUGUCAUACAAUCCCUUGACUCAUGAAAAACCUUCUCCUGUCCAAUCACAGAUUGUUACCACAAGUACAGGUCAGAAAGAGGUUGAAAGUUUUCAGCGUUGUAAAGAAUUCACAAAAACAAUCCUUCUUUCUACACGCAGAGGAAUUCCCAGAGGAGGAGAGCAGAAAUCAUUCCCCUGUUUAGAAUGUGGAAAGUGCUUCAAAUAUAAAUCCCAUCUUGUUAGACAUGAGAGACUUCACACAGGAGAGAAGCCGUAUUCAUGUUCAGAAUGUGGGAAGGGCUUUAAAAUGAAAUCAUAUCUUGCUAUACAUGAGAGACUUCACACAGGAGAGAAGCCAUAUGCAUGUUCAGAAUGUGAGAAAUGUUUUACAGAAAAAUCAACUCUCGUUAUACAUGAGAGGUUUCACACAGGGGAGAGGCCAUAUUCCUGUCCAGAAUGUGGAAAGUGCUUUAUAAAUAAAUCAAAUCUUGUUAGACAUGAGAGAACUCACACAGGAGAGAAGCCAUAUUCAUGUUCAGAAUGUGGGAGACGGUUUACAGAGAAGUCAACUCUUGUUGUACAUGAGAGAAUUCACACGGGAGAGAGGCCAUAUGUGUGUUCACAAUGUGGGAGACGUUUUACACAAAGAUCAGAUCUUGUUAAACAUGAGAGAUGUCACUGAGAAGAGAAGCUGUAUUCUUAUCCAGAAGGUGAGAAAUGUUUUACACAAAUCAGAUAAUGUUACACAUGGGUGAAUCCAUACAGACGGGAAGUUGUAUUGAUGUUCAGAAUGUGGGAAAUGUUUUACAAAGAAAUCACAUCUUGUUACACAGAAGAGAAGCUGUAUUCACGUUCAGAAUGUAGAAAGUGCUUUUCAAAUAAAUCAAAUCAUUAUACAUUUAGGGGUCAUUAUUUCAGAAGACUUAAAGGUAGGCAGACAAUGUCAUAGAGCAGAAGGAGAUGCUAGCAGAACGCUUGGGUGUAUA